GAGUAUUCUAGUGUAAGAAAGUAUUGUUAAUAUUUUGUACUUUCAGUGUAUUGUAUUUCCAUACUAGGGAAGAAUUGCACAAGCGGUACACCACUGAAAACAGCAGAUUCUUUACAUUCUUAUUAUAAUCUAGUGUGAUUCAGGCAUCAGGAUUUAAAGACAGAGCUGUAAAAACCAGAAUCAUCAUCAUCAUGGAAACUUACAUUAUGAAAGGAGGUUUAAAAAUGGGCAUGGUAGUGUACAUCAAAAUAAUCAAAUGCCAGUGGAUAAUUAUUAUUAGGGAUGGGCACCAAUAUCCAUGUUUUGAUAUGGUAUUGAUAUCGUUCAGCUAUUGAUAAUUUCCAUAUCGCGAUGUCGUGGGAUAAAAAAAUAAAUUAACGUAGGCAGAGAUACUUUUUUUUUAUUGGUAAUACUGCAAAAAAUACAUAUGCAGUAUAAUCAAGUUUAUUUUAUAUGAAUAUACGAACCCUAUACUUGCCAGUCAUGGUCAGUCAUGUAGCAAACAUCACAAAGUAUUUAACCAUUUUAUUCCAUUGAUUGACAUUUAGGUACCAAACGCUAUUUGCAUGCUGCAUUAAGCACUAUUGGCCAUCCGUUUUGCAUUAUUUGGAGAUAUGCGCAUGCCUCAGCGGGUCAUUACUUAAGCUAUUAAUACAUUUUUAAAAUGUGAACCUUUAGUAUUAUAAAUGAAAUGUGCUUUUAAAACCUCAAAACACAUCUCAAUUCGGCAUGACACUUGAUAUUUCGAGGUGUCCUCAGUCAGCAGUUACAGGCAGAGCAGCUGAAGAUUCAAUUACUUCCGGAUUAGUUUGAAAGUCUGCGCAGUGAACUAUAGAAAUACAGUAGUCUAUCGCGUAUCCGACUGCGGUGGGACCAGAGUAAGGACGGAUAUGUAAAAAGUAGGAUGAAUACAUCCUGUUUUAAAUACCAUUAUACACAGCUGUAACAAUUACUACAGUCUCACAAUUGUUCUUAGGUUCAGCUUUUAUUUGGGCACUCUCCUAAAUCCCUUGUUUAGAAAGAUACAGGGUAUUAAUGCUUGUGACAGUGUAGCCAUGUGGGUGUGUGCAUUCAGUGCUGAGUGACAGACAGGAGAUUGAGACAGAGGUUGAAGCUGACACGCCCCGCAGGCGAACAUGAUUUAUUUACAUAUCAACACACUGAACAGCUCAUGUGACACUACCAGCAAUGGUAGCGCACAGAGCACAUACAACACAGUGUAUGAAAACGUUGGAGGGAUCUACAAUCUCUGAACUAAUCUUCUCUGGUCAAUAAUAAACAAACUCCAGCUACUUGCCCAGCUGUCGGCGGUUUCUACUUGCUUACUCACUCUUAGGUAUCCAACCCUGGUUCUGGUCUGGUUCUCUCUCUCUCUCUCACUCACACACACGUCCGCGAAUUUCAGCUUUAGCCCAGUUGACUUGCAGCAGCCCUGAGGUGAAUAAAUGGAACGUUUUUAUACCGUCCUGACACCCUGCUGAUUAGAUCUGGCAAUCACACACAACAGGCAUGCUCUCUGAUGCGUUGUGUGUGACACAGUAGCAAAAUGCAUAGAUUUACAAAAAAAAAACGUUAAUGACAUUAAAUUGUGUCUAAAAUACAAAAAUGUAGCAUGUCUAAAACCGAUUGAGUUCAUUCAUCCCAGAUGACACUGCUGCACGUGACACCUGGCAGACCGUAUCAUAGCAACCAGAGCAGCAACUGUCUCGCGUGAGAAUAGCUAUAUCUACUGACUUUUAUUGUGGUGCAUCUGCUACGACCUGACCAGAAAGAAUGAAGACGCUAAUUCCAGGAUAGACCAGAAUUGCCCAAAACAGCCGACUCGGCAUCCAUCAUUCUCCUGACCCGAGUGGCUGAAAAUCAUGGGAAGUGUUUUCCUGUCACCAAACCAAGCCAACUCAAUUCUGAAAAGGUUCCCAAGAGCAAACGGCCUGCUUGAAGAAGUAAAACAGGGGAACAUUGAGCGGGAAUGUCGGGAGGAAACCUGCUCCUACGAGGAAGCAAGGGAGGCAUUUGAAAAUGAUGAAAAAACAAGGGAGUUCUGGUACGAAUACAGUAAGGAAUUGAACAUCAACAAUGGUUUCAAUGUAGAAGGGAAUCACUUCCAUUCUGUCUACCUUAUCGCGCCCCUCCUGGCAGGCCUCCUUGUGAUAAUCGUUGUCUUGGUAGCUGUUUGGCACUGCCACUCCCGAAAGAUGUUUCAAAGAGGGACCACGUUCAACGAGCGCAGGCAUCACCAGAGCCAGGCUGACCGAGGCAUGUCCCUGGUAGCCAUGGAUCAUCGAGGCCACGUCUCCUACCAUCCUGGCACUUCUCCUCAAUCUGACAUGAGCACAAGCAGCGGCCUAACCGCGGGAUCCCCUGCAUAUAUGGGGGCGGAUCUGGCGCCAGGGAGAGCAAAUGGAGAGCCGCCCCCUUCGUAUGAAGAAGCUACAGGACACACUGAUGUUCGGAUUGAAACAGCAGGGCCACAUACAGAUCUGCCUCCCCAGUACGAGGACAUAAUUACCACCAGUGUGAGUGUAAGCAAUGUGAAAUAACUGGCUGUUGAUAAGGUUUGUGUUAUUACCAAAAGGCAGUAUAUUUCAGCACUUCAGCAGUAAUAUUAUAACAAUUAUAUAUUUUAGUAUUCCCCACACAGUCCAGGAUCACUGUAUAGCACAGAAAAGUGCUGUCUAUCACUGUCCUCGGAGGAAGGCCAAACAGGCUUUAAAUAAAUGAAUCCUGAGCUGUUUGUUCCCUCAUGCUAUGUUGGGUUUAAUACAGAAACAAACUGAAUUGGUGACCUGGGAAGAAGGCUAGCUGCAUGUACUGUAAAUGCCAGCAUUUCAGUUCUGAGACUACUCUUUGUAAUCUUUAUGCAUAGCACUGUCAGACAUUCCAAUUCCAUCUACUGGAGUAUGCUUUAAAAUAAAUGAAACUGUGAAGGUAUAGGCUGUUUUGUGUUAUAAUUCAUAUAAGCCAAUAACUCCCUUGAACGUUUUAAAGUUCAAAAGACACACUUUAGCACUAACAUUUUUAAAAUCAAACAGGAACAUCUGGUGCAUAAUGUAGUUCCAAUAUUUGAAUGGGUGUUAGCCCACCACAGGUCACAGCGUUCUAUUGUUAAUGGACAAAUACUGCUGCCAUUAAAGAUAAUACAAGCAGUAUUUAAUCUUCCUAGCUUGCAACUCUGCACCACAUUUGGGUCGUAUUUUAUGUAUAGCCAGUCCCCUCUCCCACCUCGGGUUAAGGUAUAACAUUUGUGUAUCUUGAGCAUUUUUUCUAGAUCAGGUACAGGGUUUCAGAUAUACUAAAACUUAAUUUGCGUUUUUUCAGUUAAGGAAAGCUUUAAGGUAAAACUGUUAACAUACAUUUGGUAAAUUUUAAAUGUUCUUCUAGUUUUUCCCUCCGGUUUAUAUUUGGUCUUGGAUUUGGUAGCUCUAAUUUCAGUUUCCUUACGAAAUAGUACAGUAUUAGCUGCUAAUGCUUGAAGUUUUAAUAUGGUGUCUGAAGGGUCUGUCUCCUAGAUUUCAAUAAAGCAUUACCCUUUUUUAAUCCGAGCACACAAAACUGAAGGAUAUUUAACACAACCUUUGUUGCAUUGAAACAACUAACUACUAGUUGAUUUUAGAAAUUUAUAGAUGCAUCAUAUUAAGGGUUUGACAUGCAGGACUGUUUUUGCAGAUCCUGGGCUGCAUUGAGAAGAAAGCAUUAUCCAGCUGGCAAAUUUGCUAUGCUAAUACUUUAUGAAUAUGGCCCGAGGAAACAUACACACACCAGAGAUUAAGACCUUUUCCCAGAUCUCGGUUAAAUAUUUUCAUAAUGUUUAAAAUCAUGCAAAAAUGUAACAAUUUUAAACUAAGACCUAAGAUUUAUAACUACCAGAGUUUAAAGUAGGGAAUACCAUGCUGUACUCUAAAACCUACUUAGACCGUACAGGAUCGGGGUUGCCAGUGCAUUGAUAUUUAUUAACAUUAUUAUUAACUCUGGGGGUCUUAACGGCAGGUGGUCAGAUUGCACGUCGGCAUAAAGCACUUUCAAUUUAUAGUUUGGAUUAUAGUUUAAUCAAUCUUUUAAAAAAUAAAUAAAAAAACACUAGGUGACUUUUGUGGUUAAAGUUUUGCUAACGUGUAUGAGUGUUAACCCAAUAAUUGUUUUCCCAUUUGUUUUUUGGUUUUGUCUUGUUUUUUUCUGGUGAAUGUGGUUGUGCAUGUAUUUGUGCAUAUUUAUCAUAUAUUCUGCCAUAAGUGUUUUUUGUUCAGUUUUAAAAUGGGGAAGAUACUGUGAGCAGCUGGGAAUAAUAAUUUCCAUCUUAAAACAGUCACUGUGGCGUUUAGUGUGACUAACUAUUUCUAACCAAUGGGGGAGAAAAAAUGAAGGCAUGUACAAAAGUUGCUGAAGUUGUAAUUGCUAGCUUUACAAAUGUUAUUUCAUAUUUACUUCUAUUUAUAAUAACGUUUAAUAUUUGUGAAUUGACCCUACUAAUUCCUACUGGAUUACAUUUCAAAGGUGAUUUAACAUAUGGUUGACAUUUUCCUUGCAAGUCAAGCUUAGGGGUCGUGGGUGUGGAGGAAGUUUGGUCAUAUAUACUGGAUAACAAAACUUUUUUUUUCAUUUCUGUAAUCAAAGUGGGGUGUCAUAAUUAAUGACCCUAAAAUGCAGUGUGAGUUGCAUUCAUUAAAAAGACAUGUUUGUGAAGUGCCUUAUUUCAUAGACUAAAUUGAAUUUCUAAAAUGUAUUUAAAAAAUAAAUAAAAAAAAUUAUAGAAAAAAUGUUGCUUGGAUCAAUUUGUAAUAAAAUAUGUUCCAAAACCCA